AUGCAGAUCACAAGGAUCAAGAGCGAUCAAGAGCCGUUGGGCCAGGGGGUCAAUGAUCCGCCGGUGAUCGACUACAUCAAGCCCACGAAGAUGUUCCAGGAACCCGGCCGGCGACUCUAUGUCUGGGAGACCUGGCGACCUGACCUGGCUUCGCGCGAGUACCGGACCACGACCGAGCUCCAGACGUUGCCACGGGGCUGCGUCGAAAGGAUGAGCCCCUUAGAGCUUGGCGAUCCGGGUGCGUUAGUGGGAUACCAGGUCUAUGGUGCUCAUUUCCUGCCCGAAUCUGGAGUUGAUUGCGCCUUCUUCGCAGAUGCCAACACAUCAGGGCUGCAGUGGAACUGGUCAACAUCUUAUGGGCAUAGCAUGGACAAACCGGUUCCAGCGCUGAAUAUCAACAGCAGCCUGGUGAUUUGCCCUCUUCCACAAGAGCCAGCUCUGAAGGGUGGCAAAUAUCAGUCCUGGCGCCAUUGCAUGUCGCACAGCCUGGGAGCUGAGUUCCGCUCAGCACAGUCUGCCAGUGUCGAAGAUGGGGAUCUCGAGCCAACCAAAGUCCUGUUCUUGGCAUGCCUCGAAUCCGAGUGGAAGAGGAACAGAUUGCAAAAGAGCCUAAAAGAGCCUAUCUUCGUGCAAGUGAUCCUGGAUGGUGUCACAGCGCCUGCGGCCCAGCUGAAUGGCUCCUUCACCAGCCAGGCGGCUUCUCCAUCUUCACAGCACCCAGGAGCUGAGGAACAUCUUCCCUUGUUGGUCUCCCCUGCAGUGGCUGCACGGGUGCUGUUUUGCACUGAUGCUGAGGGCGCCAAGUACACCGGCAAGCUUCUCCUCUCUACGGAUGCCGGCAGGCUCUACUAUCCCAUUGACUUGGACCUCAAGUUUGAAGCCGACCCCUUUGCACUCCCCUUGCCCAUUGGCAAGCUCUCCAAGGUCUUUGCUGGUGCCAUCCUCGAAGUUACUGCUUUAGACGUCCAAGCGUCUGCACGCUGCCAGUUCCGUGCCUAUGGCAGCAACGGCCGCCUGCUCUUGGACGCUCAGCGUAUCGGGGCACGCUGUGGGCCCAGCAGCAUUCCUUCGGUCAAUGGCUCCAACGAGACCGAGGAGGAGAUGGAGGGGAUCAAUGGUACCAUACCUGCACAUACUGCAGAGCCGUGCCCAAGAAUCAUCGAUGACUACAUGACCGUGCCCGAGCUGGCGGUGUCCGUGACGGAGGCCGACGUCACGGGGGAGGAGUUGCGCGCUGGCUUCCACGGCACUUCCCGUGUACGUUGCCGCAUUCCUGACAGCUUGUCCUUGGGCGUUUGGCAGGUUGGAUUGCUGAACUAUGACUCCUUGUUCGUCGUGGCACAGAACUUCGUAUCGUUUCAGGUUCUUCAGAAGUCCAUCGUCGGCCGCGUCUCGCCGAAUGCCACGGCCUUGGGAAGCAACACGCCGUUGGUUCUGUAUGGUGGACCCUUGGGAAGCCUCUUGCGGGAGACCGAAGGUUCCAGGUGCAUCUUCCAACCGGAUGGCUUUGAUGGAGAAGCGGAAUCGACGCCAUGGAUCCUGGACAGUCAACGAGUGGCAUGCUUCCCACCAGCCAUUGCCGGACUUCCCGGUGGGCGGAAGGUGAAGAUCACUCUGAGGAUCCACGGGACCUCCAUGCCCUCAGAGGCCUCUUUCCUCCUCUAUCCCCAGCGGGAGCUCUUCACUGUGCCCUUUGGAGGACAGAGCAAUUCCACCAUCGUACAGGUGAAGGUGGGAUUGGUGGGCGAGGAGCCGCAGAUGCCGGUCUUUCCCGUGAAGCUUCUGGCACAGAACACGCAGUUCCAGGGCCCGGCGCAGGUGAAGUUAUGGGUCACACCCAUGAGCUACAGCAGGCCGUCCAGUGGCAGCGGAUUAAGCUUGGUGGAGAUACCCCUCACUGAGUUGAGCCUCCUCCUCGGUGCCCCUGUGGUCGACUACUCCGUGACCUUUCCGCCGGGCAUCGUGUUCAGCACCUACUUCAUUGACCCUGAUGAGGAUGCGGCUUCCAGUUUGGGCCUGUCGGUCCGUGGUGUGGCCACCGUGGAGGUCUCUCCGUCGAUGUUGCUGUCUCCGCCAAAGAUCACGGCUGUGUACCCGCGGAUGGUGCCCUGGAUCGAUCGAAGUCGCCGGGUCAUCGACAACGACGAGGAUCCAAGUCUCUUGGUGGUUGGACUUGGCUUCGUGAACACCAACCGUUUGCGCUGUCAGUUGAUCGACACGUUUGGGCACGUGGUGGCUGCACCGUAUGCCAUGUACAUCAGCUCCACACAGGUGCGAUGUGGCCUGCCACCCUUCGAGCUGCCAGGUAGCUCCAAUGUGAAGCUCCAAGUCUCCAACGACGGAGCCGAGUGGUCUCAGGAGAUCUUCGAGGUCUACAUCGUCUCAGCCCUGGAGCUGCGCCAGGUGACCUUGGCACCGAGCUUCGGGGUGCCCACGGGCAACGCCGUCCAGGUGACGACUGCCUCGUCCUUGCCGCGCGUGGCGACGCUGGGAUGUCUCUUUGGCUUGGGCACCGAGAGCCGUUCGGAGGCCAUCUUCUUAAGCAGCAACGAUGUUCUUUGUGUCGCCGACCAGCCAGUGAAGAGCUUCUCUCUCCGACGUGCCGGCAGCGCCGAUCCCGGAGGCAACAGCCCCGAGAUCGGUUUCCGCCUCACGUUGGCUCCCAUCUCUGGACGCACGGGGGAUCCACGGCUUUUGACUUCUGCAGCUACCAGCUUCAUGUACACAAGGACUCCCAGCUUCAACCGUUUGGUGCCCAACUUUGGUUCAUUGAACCUGCCACUCACUGUCAAGGGUCGCAACUUCCCCAUGGGCAUCGCCAAUGCGUCGCAAGUGCAGUGCUUCUGGUCUCUCACGCGAGUGGUGACAGCGGGAAUCUUGCUGUCAGAUACGGAGCUCCGGUGCUUCUCCCCCAAUCAGCUGCCCAUCAUUCAACUGACGGGACCUUUGGGCUCAGUGGAUCAUCUCUCCAGCAUCUCCUUUGACAAUGGCAGGAACUUUCAUCCCGUGGCUGCUGAGGGCUUGGCCUUCACGAUCCUUCAUCGUGGAAGCGGUCCAUUGGCGGCUUUGUUGGCACCCACCAGCGUCUUGGUCGGUCGAGGUGAGACGAUUUCACUCUAUGGUGGUGACUUCAUGGCGCUGCGCCAGCUUGCACCAGCCUUUGGCUACUGCACGUUCUCCUGGUUGGACGUCCCAGAGUCGCGACGUCGCCGUUCGCGACGUCCCGCUGCUCGGUCGACGCCGACCGAUGCCGAGACCGAAAAGAACAGGUCUACAUCUCACAGCGAGAAAUCCAGUGCCAAGUGCGCCGGGCGAAAUCGCAGGGUUCAGAGUUCGGAGGUACCUCUGGAUUUGCCGCCGGCCACGCAUGCCGUGCAGCUCUUCUUUACCCAAGGAUCUUCCACCUUUGAGGCCCGCUAUGGCAUUCCGCCAGGGGAGCCGUGGCUGAAUCUCACUGUAGCGCUUUGGACCUGCGAGCGUGGCUCCCAGGUCUUCCCUUCCUUUGCCAUCUAUGACCUGGAGCCAGCUUGGGCUCCUCGGGGUGGCUUUUGGCAGAUCUCCGUGAAGGGCAGUCGCAUCUUGCCUUUGGAGGACCGAUGGGUUGCGUGGGUCAGGAGAGUUACCAAUGUACCUUUGGCCAUGCGCCGACCACGCCUGCCGUACGAGUCUCUUUGCAUGAGUGGGAUGGCGCGCAGCCGCUCCCCGAAAGAACAGAAGAACGGUUCCGGCGCUUCCCAAGCUGCGGAGUGCAGUGGCAUGAGCUUGGAGGGCCGCCGGGCGCUGGUCACUGGGGGCUCCAAGGGCAUCGGCCGCGCCACGGCGGAGCUGUUGCUGAAGCUGGGAGCCGAGGACAGGGAAUGGUUCUUCCAUUUGUGGGUUUGUCCAGUUUUCGGACAGACUUGGCUCCUGCAUGUCACGCCUGCAUGUGGCAGAAACCGACACGGCCUGCGCUGCCCCGCCACACGGCCGCCCUGGCAGGUGGCGAUUUGCGCGCGGGGCGAUUCUGAGCUUCAAGCGGUACGAACGUCGAGCGGUGCGGCCGAGCGCUGUCAUGCCAUCGUGGCAGAUCUGUCGACCGAAGAGGGCGUCAAGGAACUGUCGAAGGGGCCAUGCACGGGGCGUUGGUGUGUGGAGGACUUGAUGGCCAAGCUGCCCUGGAAAGAACUGGACAUCUUGGUGAACAACUGUGGCACCAACAUUCGCAAACGAGCGGAGGACUUCGAGCCGGAGGAGUUUCGAAAAAUCUUUGAUACCAACUUCAUGUCCUCCAUGUGGCUCUCAAGAGCCGCCUUACCUUUACUGAAGUCGGCUGCGGAGAAGGGCAAGCCAGGUGGUGCAGCCGUGGUGAAUAUCAGCUCCGUGGCCGGGCGGACGCAUAUCCCUUCCGGCUUUCCGUAUGCGGCAUCCAAAGCCGCGAUGGAUCAAAUGACCCGGAAUUUGGCGGUGGAAUGGGCCCGCUUCGGCAUCCGCGUCAAUGCCGUGGCGCCCGGAGUGAUUGAGACGCCCUUGAUCAAGACAGCGAGUCCCAUUUACGUCGCCGACUUUAAGGAACGGAAACCGCUCAGUCGUAUGGGUCAAGUGAACGAGAUUGCUCGGCCCAUCGCCUUCUUAGCUUCGGAGAGUGCGAGCUUCAUCACUGGGCAGAUCUUAGUCGUAGAUGGUGGCUUCACAGCCACCUGCUUCAAUAAGGUCCCCAGCUAUUGGGAAGACCAGUAG